AGCAGGUGAGGCAAAUUAUGGGUCCUCCGAAGGUUAGACCGUCUCAUUUCAGUUCUCUUCGCGAAAUUCUGAGCGCCUUGAAAGGCCGAAAACGGAGUAGGCUAUGUGGAUUGUUUUGUCGGACGGACACAGAGCGAGUGGAUUGUUUUUUCGGAUACGGAGAGACUGAAACUAAAACUAAAAGCGAGCUCACACAUACUAUGGAGUUUUAACACGGGUGUACAGCGCAGUGUGAAUAUUUUAGUGGAAACAACAAUCGCGGUCACUUCCAUGAAGCCGAUGUAAACAUCUAAGAAUAUAUGAACAUUUCUCAGAUUUAUUACCUUUGUGGACUACAAAUGCAAGUUGAUGUCAAACAUGAGACCGGAUGGAUUAUGACUUGCGCACAAUUUUUAAACAAAGAUUGUUCUGACCAGGACGGAAACAUCCACACGUUUAACACUGAGUGGGAGGAUGAUACUCAAAACUGUGUGUGUAGCACUUAUGGAACAAUCUGUUGCCCAAGAUUUGGCUUUGGAGUGACUGAGUUCUUUGCUGAUGACUUCGUGACAUUUUCUGCAAAUGAUGAGGAAUAUGGAUCUGGUCCUGGAUUGAUCCCUGAGGAGCGUUUAGCACUUAAAUGGGCUUUUUAAAGGGCUCUCAACUGUCCAAGUAUAACAUCUUGAGGAACAAAGAUGGCUUUACAUUAUUAUUAUACUAAAUACACACACAUUUAAACUCUACCAAAUGAGCUGGCUUAUGCCACAUUUUAAAUAAACAUAUAUGAGCAUGCA